CGAGGGCUUGGAAUUCCAACAUGGCAGAGGCAGCGGUCAGUCUCGCUCCCAGCAACUUGGAAUGCUCUCUAGCCUGCAGCGGAACCGGCACCACCAGAACCACCGGCGGCGGCCUGUAAUGUAAGCCCGAGAAGACGCCUUUCCCUCCGCAUUGCAUCGAUGCUCGCCCCUGUCACCUACACAGGCGUGAAGACAUGAUUACUAGCAGCACUUUUUAUGGUCUAAAGAUGCAGUGGACCCCAGAGCACACACAAUGGGCAGAGCAACACUUUGACAUCUCAUCUACCACCCGCUCGCCAGCGCACAAAGUAGAGGCCUACCGGGGGCACUUGCAGCGAACGUACCAGUAUGCGUGGGCAAACGACGAUAUCUCUGCGCUGACUGCCUCCAAUCUGCUUAAGAAGUACGCUGAGAAGUAUUCUGGGAUCCUUGAAGGCCCAAAUGAAAGAGCCCUUCUCUGUUCCUACUCGGAAGGCGGCGCCGGACUCUUGAAUGGGCGAAAGUCAGAGAAUGAGCCCUGGCAGGAGGGGAUUUACCCAAUGAACUGUGCUCCAGAUGUUAUAUCUGUGAGCAAAGCUGGAAUGACAGCUGCCCUACCCCCUACAGAUGCGUCAGCCAGCAUCGGCAGCUCCCCGGGGGUGCCGAGCAGCUUGUCUGAGCCGAGCUAUUCCAGCAGUAACUGCGGGAGCCACACGGCCACGACGCUCCACUCGGGCCUUCCCUCUCAGGAAUACACUGCCAGCUACAACGGCUCCUACCUGCAUUCUAGCUACAGCGGGCAGACCACUUCCCCGCACCCGUCUCCUUUGCACAGCGCCGGGCUCUUGCAGCCCCCUCCGCCGCCUCCUCCCCCCACCUUAGUACCGAGCUACAACGGCGGGUCUCCUAACCUUCCCAGCUACAAUUAUCCUCCAACAGGGUAUCCCUCUCAGACGGCUGUCGGCCCCGGUUACAGCCCCGGGGGAGCUCCCCCCCCUCCUUCUGCUUAUCUGCCGUCCGGCAUUGCAGCCCCCACACCCAUCCCUCCCUCCACACUGCCCGGCUACACCUACCAGUCCCACAAUCAUACGCCAAUUGCCCCGGCACCCCUGAACGGCAGCACAUCCAACUCGUUAAAACGGAAAGCUUUCUACAUGAGCGGACACGGAGAAGUGGACUCCAGCUACGGUGAAUUCAGCUACAACCAGCGCUCGUCUCAUAGUCCCAUGUAUAGACUGGCAGACAGCAGCGUCUCAGACUCAAGCAGGGGCAACGGCUUUGACAGAAACGGCGAGGCCUCCUCUUUAGCGUUCAAGACAACCAAGCAGACGUUACCUUCUGAUCAGCAAAGGAAGUUUAGCAUACACUCUAGCGGGGCUCUGACUCCCCCGUCCUUCGGAUCAACCAAAAGCUCCGUGGAUGAGACCUACGGCAAGUUCGGGUCCCCCAUAUUGAGCGAGCAAAGCGAAGAGCACAGACAGCACCUGCCUCAUUCCCUAAGCGGGCCCGAUGUCGCUACUCCUACCUCGUCCAUCCAUGCUGCUGAGGAGCAACUGAAGAACAGUGACCCCAACCUGGUGGACAUGGUGACGGAAGAAAUCCUUCAGCAGUGCCCUCCAGUGGACUGGAGUGACAUCGCCGGACUGGAUAUGGCCAAAGCGGCCAUUAAGGAGGAGGUACUAUGGCCCAUUUUAAGGCCAGACAUGUUCAGUGGACUUCACGCAUUACCUCGUAACCUUCUUUUAUUUGGACCUCAGGGAACGGGUAGAACGCUGUUGGCUCGCUGUAUGGCCAGCCAGCUGGGGGCCGCCUUCUUGCGACUCAGCAGCUCAGCUCUGGUGACCAAGUGGUUGGUCGAGGGGGACAAAAUCAUCCAGGCUUCGUUCCUGGUGGCCCGGUGUCGCCAACCAGCGGUGGUGUUCAUCAGCGAGGUGGACCUCCUCCUGUCGGCCCAGCUCAGCGAGGACAGCCCAGUGAGUCGACUGAAGGCUGAGCUCCUCAUGCAGCUCGAUAGUAUUUUAUCCUCCGCUGAGGACCAUGUUCUUGUGGUCUGCUCCACCACUAAGCCUGAAGAGAUCCCGGAGUCCCUGAGGAGGUACUUUACCAAGCGAUUGCUCAUCCCCUUACCCGACGGGACGGCACGACACCAGAUAAUCAGCCAAGUGCUCUCACAACACAACUACUGUCUCAGUGACAAAGAGAUGUCAUUACUGGUUCAGAGGACAGAGGGCUUUUCAGGACUGGACGUGGUUCAGCUUUGUCAAGAGGCUGUGGUGGGCGCCCUCCACGGCGUUCCUGCUUCUGACCUGGCAAGCAUCCAUCCCAGGCAGAUGAGACCCGUCUCUUUUCAAGACUUUGACAAUGUCUUUUGUAAAUUCCAGCCCAGCAUAUCACAAAAAGAACUCGACACGUACACGGAAUGGAAUAAAAUGUUUGGUUGUAGUCAAUGAAAGCUGAUCAUGUGACCAAGCACCGGGCCCUACUCUUGACGUGUUGAAGUGCUUGUCACCGAGCGCUUUAGACGGAACGUGACCAAACCUACAUUUGAUCAGUCGAUACGAGGUGGGAGUUAUAAGAGACUUGUAAAGCGAUACCUUCCUUUUGUACAUACACUGCAUACAGUACACACAGUACAUACAGUACAUACAGUACAUACAGUACAUACAGUACAUACAGUACAGUAUAUACGACCAUACUCCACUGCUGACUUUGAGAUUUAGUUGCUAUCAAGUGCCUGAGGUGGUGCUCUUUCAGUUUCCUUGUUUUGCUUCCCAAUCGUCAUUGGUGACAUGUGCUAAUAGUGCGUUAAAAAACAAAGACAAAAAAAGCUUUAAAAUGAGACAAUUUCUCUUUUCUUAGAACAGCGCCGUCUCUCUUCGUGCUCUUUGUGAACCCUUCUUUUUCAGCUAGAUGACAUUGAUGCCUCUCGUUUCAGCUUCAUUUUUAUGGCAUAUUUUCUAUGUAUAAAUGAUUUGAUUGGGGAAAAAAGAAAACAUUUGCAUACUUGACUCACUUUUGUCCCGUAAGAUCCGAGCCAAACGCAAAGUGAUUUCUUUUUUGGCUCUUUCACUGUAGAUACCACGUAAACGCUGGGUAUUCUUUUACCACUUUUACUAUGUAAUCCUUGUUCGUUGUACUUCAGUGUUUGCCCCACGUGUAAGAUGAUACCAUUCAAUGUUGUUUCUUUGCUAAACUCAGGAAAGUGAUGAUGUAACCCUCACCCACCUUUGUAACCCCAACCCAACAGGUCCAUACGGCCAAUCUGGAUCUGCUGAAUGAGGAUGUUGGAGCUGGAAAUGACACAAGAAAGUAGCCAAAGGCAUCGUGACUAGGAAUGCUCCCAUCUUUCCCUAAAAAACACAUGAUCGGCAUAAGCCGAUCCCAAAAACCCUACGUGUGUGUCGUGUCACGUAGGGUUGAACCGACAACGGACGCGCUUUGUCCCAUGUUGCCACAAGAACCAACACUCGUCUGUAAAAGUGCUUGAUACAGGCUACGCCAAUCCAUGCCGGUGUGAUUGAUCACUCCCUUAUCACACUUAUUGCCGUUCUUGCAUCUUUGUUUACACGCUUUGCCUAGCUUCUGGUCUUCGGUCUCCAAAUGUGACUUUUUAGCGCAGUGACAUUUUGUUUUUAAAACAAACAAGCGGUGCGGUUAGUUGGGAGCUCCUUUUUGUCCCACAGGGAAGCGGCUAUCACGUUCAUGGGGCACGCACUAACUUUUUCAAGUGUCACUGAACAAUUUAGCUGUCGUGUUGUCAUGAUACUCGUGAUGUCUUGUCCUCCAAACACUAUUUGUGUGUGCUUGUGCAAUGAACAUAAAGCCUUAUGAUGGUGAUGCUAUCACAGGGCUCUCCUAGCUCGCCCGCUCAUUUUGAGUAGCUCACCAAAGGCUCAAAGAAUAUUUUCUUUUUUAUUAUAAGUGUUGAAUUCAGACUUGAUGCCUUUAUGUAAUGACAAAUGAGCACAAAAUAGCAUAACGACUGUUUGAGUGGAGGAUAAAGUGGUGGACAAGUGAAAUGUUGCCAGUCAUAAAGAUAUUUAUUAUUUUUAUUCUUUCAUUCUGUUCAUUUUCUUCAAAAUUAAAAGGUUGAAUACAUCUCCCAUGUAUUGGUAGCACUCCAGAAACAUGCAUCAAAUUAAAGUCAGGAUUGUGUCAAAUAGUACAAAAAUCCUUUUAUGCAAAUAAAGGCAAAAAAACAAACAAAAAGGUAUCCACCCAAAGUUAAUUUGGAUUUUUUUAUAAUUUUAUUUUUAUAUUAUUAUUAUUAUUAUUAUUAUUAUUAAAUUUUUUAUAUUCAAUUUUUUGAUUAAUAUUUACCUAUUUUUGUGAUGGAGUAUUAGGGCCACACUGAAAGAAACAAUCGGAGACUUUGAGAAUAAAGUUGUACAUUUACGAGUAUAAAGUAGUACAUUUCACAAGUCAUAACAUCACAAGAAUAACGUCAUACAUUUAGGAUUUUAUUCUCGACAAUUUAUGACUUUAUUCUCAAAGUCUGGGGUUAUUUUAAUACUUGGUCAUAACAGUCAUUGCCUGAGACAACUAGAAAAAGUGGGGGGGGGGGGGCACGUAUGUGAAUUUUGGCUUUGGGCAAAGGUAAUGUUACGCCUUUUUUCUCAUUAAUUUACGUCAAAAUCUCAGAUUAUUAUUAUUAUUUUUUCAAUGUGGCCCUAACACUCCGUUGUAUUGUGUGCCAGGGGCCCGUGGAACGGGGGUCCUGAAAAAUACCACUUGUUAUGAAUAAAUGGAAAGGUCUACAGUUAAUCCAUGUGAUGGGUAUCGGCCGAUCUCACUCACAGGUGAUCCGAAUUGGCAGCAUAAAACCCUGAUCGGAGCGUCCCAAAUUGUGACCACUAAAAUUUGGGGUUAAAUUAAAGUUUCUGAAAAAAUGCGCCUUAAAAGCCAAACAAGCAUCAUCACGCGUGACAUGACACCAACUCCAAGUGUGGUUCGAGAUCUUUUCUGUGCUUGACUUUAUGGUUUAUGUCCAUUGGGAGUGUUCAAGUGUUACUUGAAACAUGAACUACAUUAUUUGCUAUCGGUAAAAACUGAUUUAAAAAAUACUUGAAAGUCAACCAGUGGCACGGAACAAAUUGUGGUUGACUUUGGAGGUUCCACAUUUGUCAUUUUCAGGGUUUAGUACAGUUCUAGAUGAUUGUAGAAGUUAGCAGGGCCCUUUAGAUCAGGGGCAGGCAAACUGCGCCCCACGGGCCACAUCGGUCCCGCCAAGCGUCUUAAUCUGGCCAUUUCCAAAUUCCAUUUCCAAAAUAGUCAGAUGCAAUUUGUGGCUUGUAGAAAAGCACAACACGUCAACACACACGAUGCACAAAGCAAUACAAAGAAAUAUCUACAUGUAAUACCCAUGAAAAAAACACCCAUACAUUCCUGCCGCAAGGCAUGCUGGGUAUCUUGCGGUACUCUCUCUCCCAACAUUGUGUCACAUUUUUUGCUAGGUUGCAAAAUAUGUUGAGGAGGUUGUCAAAGAAGUAAACAAGGAGUUAACAUACUCUUGAUAGCCAAUGUUUUGCUGUUCAUAGUUUAUAUUGUUGCAGCUGGACUACCCAGCAUGCCUUGCGGGCAUUUGGAAACAACAGUUUCAAGUCACGUGCUAUGUUCAGUGCUUAGUUGUUGAUUUAUGCGAUGCGUUAACUUGCUGUGGAUGUGUUGUGUUUCCGUUUUGCUGCACCGUGAGCAAGCAUGUGGUUUUGUUCGAUGCCAAAAGUAUGUCCACCCCUGCUUUAGAAUAUUAUCAGAGUUGUCCUAUCCAAGCAAAAUGUUCCAAAUGUAGAGUAAUUGUCACAAACACAACUUGUUUCAACUUUCUUGUGUCAUUUCCAAGCAGAGGAUAAGAAAUACUUCUAAGAAGAAUGAUUUGGAUCUUAAGUGUACGUUUUCGAUACUCCAAACCACAAGAGAGGCAAAAGCAUGCUGUACAUACACUGUACGGCUAGAAUACCUCAGAAAGUGCCAUGGUUUCUACAAUGAAUGUAUUUAUUUGGAUUUCUUUGCCAGACAAAUAUUAAUCUGCUGGCUGUUUCCUUCAAAUGGAACUUUGUAUGAGGCUUGGAGAUUUGCCUUUAGAGAGAAGCUCGGCUUAUUUAUGUUGAAUUGUUGCCUCCAGCUAAUUCUCCACUUAUUUCCAAGGCACUAUCAACGCUGAGAAUCAUACACAGUCAUUCUGCUCUUUUACUUUGGGAGGCUCAGCUGUACAUCUCACCACGAGCGCUAGCUGAGUGGAAUUUGAAAAAAGGUGCAGACAAACAUCUUGGGGUUGAGCAAGGAAAAAAAAAACAAAAAAAAUGCCUGGAGCCAUUUCAUUCCAUCCUGCUGCUGUUUUAUCAUUAAUGAAACCCAAGGAUUAUGUACUGUAUCUCCUAAGUUGCUUUCUACCUCACUUUGUUGGUUAUCUCUGAAAGACAAAUACGCGACGAUGGCAAAUGUUUUGCAAGAACAAACUCUGAUUUCCUUUGUAUGGGCAAAAUGUAUGAGCUUUACAAUUUCACUCCCAAGAACCCAAUUUACUCACACAUGAUACAGUAGAUCCCCGCCGGUCACCGCCCGGGACCACCAGCCAAUGGUGAAAAAAGCAUCAGGGUUUGAUAUGCUCAUAAAAAUGUUGUUCAACAAUUUCAGAUCAACAUUUGCAAUAAAAGUGAGUUUUGCAAUGAUGAGAUUAGAUUUGGCUCCAGAGCCCUGGAUUGUGAACUCUGUUUCAUUUCUAGUAUAAAAUGUAUCGCCACUAGGGGUGUCACGAGGCACUCACUUCACGAGACCAGACGAUGCACGACAUUGGGUCUACGAGAAUUACAGUUAAAAAAAUAUGACAAUAAAUUGCAAUCUACAAAUAUCAUUUCUGAUACGUUACACUCUUCUGCACUCUGUGUGUAUGCUAGCGGCCCCGCCUCCACCCAUCGAGACAAGAGACUGUAUGACUGGCAAAAGAGCUCACUCCCUUUAUGCCGUUGUUCUAUGGGACAAGGUGCUGGAAGCAAUGCACAGAGUGAACUCCCUUCCUGCCUACUGGGAGGCGAGAGGCGAGACACACAUGCACAUGGCAAUAUAUUGAAUCCCAAAGUUUUUGCAUGUUUAUGGUGUUUGUUGCAAGCGGUAACCCAUCCCACUUUGUUUGACGGCCCUUGAAGGCACCAUUGUGAGUCCUAACUUUCUCCCAUGUAUUUUUACCCUUUUUUCACUUCAUAUUUGGAGAUUUUUUGAGAUUUGUAGGAACACGAGCCGGUCCGUGGAUACAAAAAGGUUGGGGGUUCUAGGUGAGCGAAUGUUCCUAGGCGCUGAAAUCAAUGCAGUGAAAUGGAGUGAAAUCUCCUCCUGCCUGUUUGGAGGCGAGGGACACGCAUGCACAUGGCGAUAUAUGGAGCCUGGCAAAAUGAUCCAGUUCAUUUUCAUUUAUUGUGUAAUUAAUUGAUUCAUUUAUUAUCAUCUCAGGCCAAGUGUCCACAAGACAAUUUUUUUUCUGAACGAGAAAUCUUGUCACAUUUAAAAGACACCCCCGAUAGCUACGCACCGUCAAUUAAUUAGUUGGGGAAGCUAGGGCUAACGUAGCCAAACAAACCUUUUACGUCUCACUGCACACAACUAUUGUGUGUUCAAGGUCCGGCAAACAAAGGGUGACAUCUCAACGCUUGAGGCAAAAAAAAAGACAUAAACAUGUAAAAAUGUUGUUUUUUCAACAUGUAUGCUGUAUAUUUGAUUAUUAUUAUCAAGUAUAUAUUUAAUUAUAUGAUUAUCAUGUAUUUAUUCAUUAUUACCCUCUUAGGGUGAACAAGAUGUGUUUUCUGCAGAAAAAAAAAAACUGACCAAAAAAUGUGCGGGGAUCUACUGUAGUCUUUACAUGGAAUACACCUUGUUACUUGUCACAAAGCGAUCAGCGAUCUAUUUCUACAUCUUGUGUCUUUGUUAUUGUAAAAAAGGUUUAUGGAAGACGUGCAGUGACAUUGUCUCCGUCUAUAACGCGAACAUCCACGAGUUGACUGGCACUCCUUUGACUCCAGGGCGCGUGGCAAGAUGUGACACAGUCUUAUUUUUAGAAGUUUAUUUAUAUCUGUUUGUUGUCAUUAAUGGCGACAUAUGAGACAGACGGGGAAAGAAAGGGAGCGUCUGACAAGUGAAUUUGCCACACUGAAUGUAUGAUGUCCUCUGACCUGCAAAACAAACAACCUGGAAAAGAAAUACACAAACGCUGGCUGGAAGAAGUCCUUUUUUCUUCCUGUUGGGGGAGGAUUAGGAUUAGGAUGCGUUCACACUUGUUUGGUGCACUUGCUGUGUUGGUAUGCUUCGUUGGGCAGGCGUGAUCAUCCCAAAUCUGGUGCGGUUCGGUUCACUUGAGAUCCAACGUGAACGCUGCGAAGACCAAAGACGCUGAGCGCCGUUGAAAAGACAAAAUGCUGUCACUCUUUAAGAGGCUUUUUUAGAAGCUUUUCAUCAAGUCUAACAUCAAAUAACCAACAUAUUCCAUUUUACUUUGGAAAGUUGCCAAUCAAAUGUUCUUUACUCUGCAUCCUUUGGUCACAUGACACAAGUACAAGCGCCAACCGCACCAAAGUAUCAUUUUCUUAUUUUUUGUGACGCCACAAAGUAACAAAUACACUCUUGUACACCCCAUGUACGUCCCCUACACCCCCCACAGUACACCCUUACACCCCCUACAGUACACCCCUACACCCCCUACAGUAAACCCCCUACAACAGCUCCCCUGCAGUACGCCCCCUGGCUUCAACUUUGGAAUGGGUGACAUGUGUAGUUCGUAUGUGAAAUGAUUGAGUAAAUAGCGAGUGGAGUAGAAUGUAUACCACAUGAUGUAUUUCAAUGCUUUUGCUAAUAUUUUGACACAUAACUCUUUCUGUAGUUGAGUUUUCCAGUCUUAUCAAUGCAUCUAAAUGUGAAUAUAUUUCCAAAAUCCAUACAUGAAAAGUGCCAGUUUAUGUCAUGUGGGAUCGAUGUGCUGAAGUUGUUUUCUUCUGUUUUCCAUGCAUAAACUUCCUCGAUGAGUUUAUUAUUAUUAUUAUUAUUAUUGUUAUUUUUAGUUAAGGCUGCGAUCAAUGCACUGAAAACCAAGGAGGAUUGUUAGGGUCAUGUUGGAAAGAAAAAUCAUAGAAAAAUAGAAUCAAGUGAAGAAAAUGAAGUCUUACUAAGGAACAAAGUCAUCAUCAUGUUAAUGAUGGAAUAUGAAUCAUAUUUCUGCACAGACGAUUGAACAAAGCUCACAGAAGAGGGGUUUUUUCUUUUCCUAGUAAUUUUACAAAUAUAUUCUCUCAACUUUCUAUUUUUCCCUUAAAAGUGAUAUUUGUUUGUUACAUAAUAUUUCAACUUUAUACUUACAACAUUAAAACUUUAUUCUCCUAAAAUUACAAAUGGAUUCUCUUAAAACUACAUUUUUUUCUCAUAGUUUGAUCUCAUUUUAUUCUCCAGUAUUUUUGUCAAUAUUCUAAGGUUUUUUCUAUAAUAUUUUGAUUUAAUUCACUCAAGCGUAUUUUUUUUGUAUACUUCAACUUCAUUCUGACAAAAUUACAGCUUUUAAUUCUUCUAGUCCAUUCAAAUAUCACAUUUUUUUCCUCAUAAAAUGUGAUAUUGACUGUCUUAAAAUUACUUUUUUCUUAUAAUCAAUUGUGCUAUCUUACAGUUUUCUUAUGAAUGAGACCCUAAUGUUCCUUUGCACUAAAUAAUUGGCCAUUAUUGACUAGAAUACAAAAGAAUGUUGAAAAAAAGUCAAGUAGUUGAAAGUAUGAAGUUAUGAAAUAUUGCACUUUUACCGAUUGAGGCCAAAGUAAAAAGAUUUCUUUCCUUUGAAGCUUGAAAGCGUGCUGCCACAUGUGUCCAUCUCAUCAUUUCAUCACCAUAUCUAUCUGCUCGCUCACACACCAGCGCUGGCUUCAUGACGGAAUCUGGAAGUCCAAUCGCGUAUCACGUGAGUUAAUGAUGGGAUCUGUUGUAAGUCCAAUCGCGUAACACACGAGUUAAUUACAGAAUCUUUGGUAAGUCCAAUCGCGUAUCACAUGAGUUAAUGAUGGUAUCUGUUGUAAGUCCAAUCGCGUAUCACAUGAGUUAAUUACAGAACUUUUGGUAAGUCCAAUCGCGUAUCACAUGAGUUAAUUACAGAAUCUUUGGUAAGUCCAAUCGCGUAUCACACGAGUUAAUUACAGAAUCUUUGGUAAGUCCAAUCGCGUAUCACACGAGUUAAUUACAGAAUCUUUGGUAAGUCCGAUCGUGUAUCACAUGACAGUGUUUUUUUCUGGAAAGCCUUUGCAAUGUUUUAGAGAAUGCGGCCUAAGAAGACGUCCCAAGUGGCGUUGGACAGCACAAUGUUGGCGUGUUGCAGAGAUGAGUGCGGCGUGAGUUGGCUGUGCUUGAAAAGGUCAACUGGAAUGUGGAGAUGAUUUCGGGUAAAGUACGGUGUUUUAUUGAUCACAUCUGAAAUGAGGACAUUUAUUCCAGCACUGUCCAUGUUGUGGUUGAUUAUUGAGGGUGAGGCGCCGACAAGGGCGUCUAAGUCUUUGAUAAGCACAGUGAUGUUUGCUUUUCUAAUAUUGGCUUUGAUAUGUUUGUGUUUUGGAAGUGCAUUCUACCUCAUUUCUACCACAUACUGGACUUGUAGUAUUUAUGUCACUUUGUUUGGAUUGUCAUGCAUUUGUGGAAAGAACAACGACAUCAUCAUUCAAAAAAUGUGCUCUUGAAAGUGAACAUUCAUUAACGUAAUGAAUUACAGAUGGGGGGGAGAGCGGGGCUUCUUACUGGUAAAGAAUUGGCCGUGUUCCCAUAUUUUUGGAUAUGUGAUGGAUUAUGGACGAUGCAUUAUCCCAAAAGAAUCCAAUGUGAAGUAUCGUAGUGCGCGUGUUGCCGUGUUUUUAUGUGCCACUGUGUACCAGGAAAGCUUUGGGACUUUUCCUCUCCAUGUACAGACGAUGAACUUGCACAUAGCUGUACUUAUUGUACAUUUGCUAACAAUAAAUAUACAGCAUACAUACUGUACAUCUUUAUACCUGUGUAUGUAUUGCCAUAGUACGGUGACUUUUCAUGUAUUUUCAUUUCAGUCAGGCUUUUCAAAGAAAUAAAA